UAGUGCUUCCGUGAGUUUCUUUAGGUCUUUGUCGACGUCUCCUUCCAGCAGAACUUCAGUCUUCCGCGGUCUCCAGUCUACUAUGGAUGAGGAGGAAGAGGAGGGGGUUCCUACCUCUAAAACCACCAUGUCUGGGGAACAUGGCCGUCAGAGCAAAGCUAAGAGCCCAGAGCAGCAGGAGAGAGCCGACUCCCCUGGACCCAGCUGUGUCUCCUUGAAGAGUGACAGGUCUAUGGAUAUUCCUUUUCACUUUAAAGAUGGAAACACGUCUAUCAAAAAAAGCCCAGAGCAGCAGGAAAGAGCAGACUCCCCUGGACCCAGCUGUGUCUCCAUGAAGAGUGACAGGUCUAUGGAUAUUCCUUUUCACUUUAAAGAUGGAAACAAGUCUAACAAAAAAAGACUACACCAGGAGAGGUCAAAGGUUACCAGUGCUCAGUCUGUACAGCAGCAUCAAACAGAGCUGAUCAAGAGGGCUGAGGAGAACGCACACGCGUUCCUGGACAAGGAGCUGAAGAAGCUCUGGAGGGUUUACUUCCAACAUUCCCCACAAUGCUCAGAGAGUCAGUGGGAGGAGGAGGAGGUGGAUGGUAAGAACAAGGAGCAGAGGAGGCGCGCCAUAGAGGGAGUGGUAGACAUCACAAAGCUCUGCCUGAUGGAGAUGGAUCAGAAGGAAUUGGCCGACCGACUGUGGGGUGGAUCUGCUGCUGUCAAGUACCAACAGAAAUUAAAGUCUAAUUUGAAGAAGAAGUUCAGACGUGUGUUUGAGGGAAUUGCUAAAGCAGGACAGUCAACAGGUGUGAAUGACUUCUACACAGAGCCCUUCAUCACAGAGAGAGGCGUUGGAGAGGUUGACAAGGAAAAUGAGGUCAGACUGACUGAAACAGCUUCCAGGAAACCAGCCAAGGAGGAAAAAGCAAUCAAAUGUCAAGACAUCUUUAAACACUUACCUGACCAAGAUUCACCAAUCAGAACAAUAAUGACAACUGGAAUGACAGGCAUGGGGAAAACCGUCUUAACACACAAGUUCACUCUGGACUGGGCUGAAGGCACAGUCAACGAUGACAUUGACUUCACAUUUCUCCUCACUUUCAGAGAGCUGAAUUUGCUGAAAGGGAAAGAGUUUAGCUUGGUGGAACUUCUUCAUCACUUUUUUAAUGAGACCAAAGAAGCAGGAAUCUACAGUUACGACCAUUACCAAGUUCUCUUUAUCUUGGAUGGUCUGGAUGAGUGUAAACUUCCUCUGGACUUCCAGAAAAACCCGAUCUCGGCUGAUGUCACAGAGCCGACCUCGAUGGACGUGUUGCUGACAAACCUCAUCAGCGGUAACCUGCUUCCCUCUGCCCGCAUUUGGAUAACCACAAGCCCUGCAGCAGCAAAUCAGAUCCCUGCUGAGUAUGUUGACAUGGUGACAGAGGUGAGAGGGUUCCCCGACCCACAGAAGGAGGAGUACUUCAGGAAGAGAUUCAGAGAGGAGAAAGUGGCCAGCACAAUCUUUUCGAUGGUCAAGCAAUCUCGAAACCUCCACAUUAUGUGUCACAUCCCAGUCUUCUGUUGGAUCACUGGUACGGUUCUGGAGGACUUCUUGAAAAAGUCCAAGAGAGGAGAAGAGAUGCCCAAUACCGUGACGCAGAUGUACAUCCACUUCCUGAGGGUUCAGUUGAUGCAGGGGGACAGGAAGUACCAUGGGAGAGCUGAAACAGAUCCACACUGGAAUUCAGAGAGCAGGAAGAUCAUUCUUUCCCUGGGAAAACUGGCUUUUAAACAGCUGGAGAAAGGCCACCUGAUCUUUAACGAGGAAGACCUGGCAGAGUGUGACAUCAAUAUUAGUGCAGCCUCAUUGUACUCAGGAGUGGUCACCCAGAACUUCAAAGAGGAGUUUGGGCUGUACCAGGACACGGUGUACAGCUUUGUCCAUCUGAGCUUCCAGGAUUUUCUGGCUGCUCUUCAUGUCUUUCUGUCUUUCAUCAACAAUGAUGUCAAUCUUCUUUCAGAAGAACAGCCAACCUCCAGGGAAACUGAACUCACCUUCCUCUACCAGAAAGCUGUGGACAAGGCCUUACAAAGUGAGAACGGACACCUGGAUGCGUUCCUCUUUUUCCUUCUGGGCCUCUCUCUGGAAACCAAUCUGAUUCUCCUACAAGGUUUGCUUGGACGGAGAGGAAGUAGAUCACUGACCAAUAAGGAAACAGUCAGUUACAUCAAGGAGAAAUUAAGUCAAGAUCUUUCUCCAGUGAAAAGCAUCAAUCUGCUCCACUGUCUGAAUCAGCUGGAUGAACGUUCUCCUGUGAGGGAGAUCCAAGCGUACCUGACAUCAGGAAGUCGCUCCAAAAAAUCUCUCUCUUCCACUCAGUGGUCAGUGCUGGCCUUCAUCUUGCUGUCAUCAGAAGAGGGGCUGGAAGUGUUUGACCUGAAGAAAUACUCUGCUUCAGAGGAGGGUCUUCUGAGAUUGAUAUCAGUUGUCGAAGCCUCCAUAACAGCUCUGCUGAAUGGCUGUCACCUAUCAGAGGGAUGCUGUGAAGCUCUGGCCUCAGUUCUCAGCUCCAACACCACUAGUCUGAGAGAGUUGGACCUGAGCUUCAAUGAUCUGCAGGAUUCAGGAGUGGAGCUGCUCUUUGCUGGACUGGAGAGUCCACACUGUACACUGGAAACUCUCAGGCUCAAUGGCUGUAAUCUGUCAGAGGGAUGCUGUGAAUCUCUGGCCUCAGUUCUCAGCUCCAACACCACUAGUCUGAGAGAGUUGGACCUGAGCUUCAAUGAUCUGCAGGAUUCAGGAGUGAGGCUGCUCUCUGCUGGACUGGGGAGUCCAAACUGUACACUGGAAACUCUCAGGCUCAAUGGCUGUAAUCUGUCAGGGAGAUGCUGUGAAGCUCUGGCCUCAGUUCUCAGCUCCAACUCCUCUAGACUGAGAGAGCUUGACCUGAGUACCAAUGAUCUGCAGGAUUCAGGAGUGAAGAUGCUCUUUGUUGGACUGGGGAGUCCACACUGUACACUCGAAACACUCAGGUUGUCUGGCUGCUUGAUCAAACAGGAAGGCUGUGUUUCUCUGGCCUCAGCUCUGAGAUCCUCCCAUCUGAGAGAGCUGGACCUGAGCUACAAUCACCCAGAAGAUUCAGGAGUUAAGCUGCUCUCUGCUUGCCUGGAGGAUCAACGCUGGAGACUGGACACUCUCAGUGUGGAGCACGGUGGAGUUAGGAGGCUGAAACCAGCUCUAAAAAAGUAUGCCUGUGAACUCACACUGGACCAAAACACAGCCAACAUAAGACUCUCUCUGUCUGAGGGCAACAGAAAGGUGACACGGGUGGGAGAGGACCAGUCAUAUCCCGAUCAUCCAGGGAGAUUUGACUCCUGUCACCAGGUGUUGUGUAGAGAGGGUCUGACUGGCCGCUGUUACUGGGAGGUAGAGUGGGAAGGGCGUGUUACUAUAGGUGUGACAUACAGAGGAAUCACAAGGAGAGGAGGAGGUGGCGCCAGCAUGCUUGGAGGGAACAACAAGUCCUGGGGUUUUGAUUUGGGUGAUCGUGCUUACUAUGCCCGCUACAACGGUAGUAGAAGAGUCGUACGUCUCCCCCAUGCUGACUCCAACAUAGUAGGAGUGUAUCUGGACCGGCCUGCUGGUACUCUGUCCUUCUACAGAGUGUCCCCAGAUAAAGGAGGAUCCUCAGACACACUGACACACCUCCACACCUUCCAGUCCACCUUCACAGAGGAGGACCUCCUGCCUGGGUUUAGUUUAUAUGGGAAAGGGAGGGUUGGGGACUCUGUGUCUCUGUGUCGAUUGUAGCCACAUACACAUGCACACAUGCACACGCAGACGAAUAUAUAGACACACAUGCACGCAUAUAAAUACACACAUACGAAUAUAUGCACACGCGUACACACCUAUAUAUACACACAAACCCAUGCAUAUAUAAACACGUGCACACACACUACACACGCAAAUAUGCAUCUAUGAAUGCACACACUACACCACACAUACAGUAUGAAAACACACAUGCACAUGCAUGUGCAUAUAUGAAUAUGAGGUAACACACGAUGUAACACACACACAGCGAACAAAUUAAUACACACACACAAACACACACAAGCAUACAUGAAUACACACACUCCACACACACUGUGUUUUGUUGAUUUAGAUGCAUGUACUCAACUAUACUCCAACGUGGAUCUGGAUAAGGAUAAUGAAAGGAAAAUACUUUUAAGAUCUUCCAUAGGGUUAACUAAGCAGGUUUUACAAAGACUAUAUUUCUCAUGUAAAAUGUAUUUAGGAUAUUGAUUGAUAGUAAAUCAAAAAAUGUUCAUGCUACAAUAUUUUGUAUAUUUUCAGACAUUAACAGUUUCAUACCAAAGGGCUUUAAUAUCAGUUUAUUUUUGCUAAGCCUGAUUGAACCUGAUUUUAAAGCUGAUUUAAAAUUAUAUUCAUUAUGCAACUGGUCUCUGUGGGAAAAGCUAUUGAUCAUGUUGUGAUUGACUUUAAACUAUAGUAUUGAUUCUUUGUGUUCUGCUGGGAACAACGCAGCAGCAGAACAUGUUCAGUUAUUAAAGAUAUGUGCCCACCUGUUUAUGAUUAGUAAUGCCUGCUGCUUCUAUUGUUUUAGUCCUUAGUCCUGUUUGUGUUGUUUGUUGUUUUUGUUUAUUGUCUACAUCUAAUGGACUUUUUUUUCUGUUGUACUGGUUAUAAAGCAAAAUGGUAAUAUGAUGAA